CACACACCUCAUGUCUCCCCAACCCUCCAAACAAUACCAAACCAUGUCCACCGCUACCGAUGCGUCCGCCGCGCAGCCCUCGUCCGUAGCACCGGCCGCCUCCAGCUUGCAGCACACGCACAGUGUGGAGCUGCCGGCCAUUGUACCCUCGCACAGCGUCACACCAGCACGGGAACCGGUGCUCCGGCUGGAACUGCGCGACCUGUCGUCGUCGGGCACACGCGCCUUCUUGCGCCUGGUCCACGCGUCGCACGCCCUCGACUCGGCCGUGCACACGGUCCUGACGUCGCUGUACAAGAAGCUGCCGCAAACAUGCAUCCCGGGCACGCGCUCCGUCACCCUCGUGCUGCGCGACAUGGACGGCGUCGCUUACACGACGGGACUCGAGCUCGAUGACGACCACAAGGAAAUCCACUUCAACACAAGCUACAUUGCAAAGAUACCCGAGGCGCGCCAGAAGGAAGAGAUACUGGGCGUGCUGGUGCAUGAAAUGGUGCAUUGCUGGCAGCACAGUGCCAUGGGGACGGCGCCCACAGGGCUGACCGAGGGCGUGGCCGACUGGGUAAGGCUGAAGGCUGGUUUGUGUCCUCCGCAUUGGAAGAGGCAUGUGGACUGUGAUUGGGAUGCGGGAUAUGAGCGCACAGCCUACUUUUUGGAGUGGUUGGAGAAGGAGCAUGGCGAGGAUAUCGUGAGAACGAUUAAUGAAGCCUUGAGGGCAUGCAAGUAUGAUGAGAAGAAGCUGUGGAUGGAUUGCUGUGGCAAGACUGUCGAGGAUCUGUGGAAGGAGUAUAAGAAGAGUGUUGAAGAGUGCGAGUAGAUAAC